AUGCUUGUUCAAACCAACUCUACCACAGUUGUGGAAAAACGACUCGCAUGGCAUCCCAGACACUUGAAUCGAUUCAUAGUCGCGGGGAAUUCUCAAAUAACUCUCUACGAAUGUGCUCCUGGUCAGCCUGAGAUCAGGCAUAUUACUUCUCAAAAUGACUUGAAUCUAAUGAAGUGUUUUACAUGGUCUCCAGAGCCGCUCUUUGAUGACCUGUUGGCCGUAGGUCAUAGUAAUGGUCGCGUCGAUUUAAUUCGCCUGGAAUCUUCGCGAUAUACUGGGGCAGACAACAUAUUGUCUGCUGGUCCUGUCGUGUCUUUACCUGUGAAGAAUCAACGAGCAUGCAACACUUUGGCGUUUUCUGGGAAGGAUCCUAAUUAUCUUGCGGUAGGGUUAGAUAAAGUCAGAGGGGACGCGAGUUUGAUUAUCUGGGAUGUGAAUAGUGCACUUCCCAUAUUAUCCUUUGGAGGGGCGACCUCUAACAGCUCUACAAGUAAUGGUGUGGAUGUUUCCAAUCAAAUUCUACGCACCAGGUCCUCUCCCGCUAUCCCUCGUACGGAGCACGGUACAAAAUUCGACAAUCGCAUGCUGCAAGUUCACGCCACGACAGACUACGUGUCAUCCCUUGCUUUUCUUCCUGACUCCUCUCAUCUCCUUCUAGCCGGAAUCUCCAGCCGUUGGCUUCGUCUAUUCGAUCUACGUGCCCGGCCCUCCUCGAGUAAUAAUAAUACCAAUCUCCAGAACGGGACCGGAGGAGGACCUGUUGCAAAUGUUGCCUCAAAGGUGCAGGGCGUAGUCACAGAUCCUUUUGAUCCUCAUCGAGUUGCGUCUUGGGGUGAUGGAGUAGUUACAGUUUGGGACGCAAGGAAUCUCGGAGGUGGUUCUCUCCUAACUUUCACGGAGCGAGACGGUGCUGCAGACGGCGGUAUUUUCCCCUCUGCUCAACUCACCACCUCGGCCUCUACCACGUCUUUGGCAAGCUUACCCAGGAAAGGGACCGGACUUAUCUCUGGCUCUGCACCAGAAAGAGUCACUUCGCCUUACAUUUCCAUCGAAUUUUCGGCCAAUCGGAGGGGACAGCUGGCCACUCUAUCGAAAGACGCGCCCUACGUUCGUUUGUGGGAUAUUUUAGAAGCAUCUGUACCCUCUGCAUGGUCAACGUUCUCGCAAACAGAUGUGCUGAGCCGCGUCACGAACAGUGAUCUGGUCUCUGGUAACACUUCAACAAGAGAUAGGGGCCGCUCACUCCGAGAUAGGGAAAAUAGUACCGGAAGUACCAUCUCUGACGGUCGAAAGCAAACGCUUUCAUUACCCAAGAGAAGUUGGCCCAAUUUUCCUUCAUGGGGUGGGCGAGCCAGUUUGCCUAGCGUUGAACGAGAAAUAAGCAAAGAUUCCUCUGUCAUAGCGACUUCACUAGUAUUGAGUGACACGCGAAAGACAAACCCUCUUCUUCCUAUCACUGGGCCUGAGCACUAUCCAUCCCAACCCCGCACGCUCACAUCUUUUGCUCUUGUUCCAAGCCCUUCAUUUUAUAACCGGCAGCAACCCAGCACAUCUACUAAAAUCGUAAUGAUUACCUCUGCAGGCGAAUUAGCUCUCCAAACACUGCACGAUUCACCAAAAGCGGAGGCAGCUUGGAGCGCUAAAGGUCAUAUAGGCGGCAUUGGGUUUGCUCACAACGAAUCACAAGCGCCAUCCAAUGAGCAGUGGAACGAAUAUGCGGGUUCUCCAUCUCCGUCGACCGACAAAUCCAAAUCCAAGUCACAGUCACAAUCCAAGCUGGAAAGUUAUGAUGAUUACCCUCAUGGAUGGUCUCGCGCUGACGCACACCCGCGUAAUUUUGAUGGAGCUGAACCAUCGAAAGCAAGUCAGAGGAGCAAGGAGGUGUUGAGUUCAGAAUCGCAUGCUCCCCUCACCGUUGAAAGAGGGAGACGACAAACUAAACCAACAAGGGAGCCUGGUGGCACACGGCUCGAUCCUAUAUAUACGCUUCUAGCAGAUGAUGAUAUUUCGUCAGUCAUGAGGCGUCGAGCUCGGAAAGGCUACGGCUUUGGGAACGCAUCGCAAAAUGCUACCCUCGUCUACGAUCAGGGAAACGCCAUACAAUCACAAAAUCUGUCGACUUUGUGGACUUGGAUUCACCAUACGCAAACCCAUCUUCACGCCCCCACUCCUCAUGUCCAAGGUUAUGAUUUUACCUACCAAGGGGUCUGGAGGAUCUGGAAUGGACUGACCGAUAAUCAGGAUUUGUUGUCAUCCAAUAAAGCGACCGCGGGAACCGACUCGCCCAUGGAAGAAUCCAUCAGCGCAGAUGCCACGCCCGUUCAUCGAAAUAAUGUCGAGCUGCCCCCUUUGUUGCUCGAGGGAAGUUUAUUAGGUGAACCUCUUGCCAAGAGGUCCGGAAAGCACAGCUCGAAAUGGAAGAGGAGACAUGUGUCAAGCACAAGCACACCUUCACCCAUCCCGACCCCUCCGAACCGAGAGAACACUUGGCACGCUGCUUUGAAGGAGAUAGCAGCGAGAUUCUCAUCAUUGGGAUCUCAAACUACCAUACGAGUGGCGACGUCGAAGAUGUUGCAACGGCAGGUAUGCUUGGGGUUACUGGGAUGGGAAAAUGAAGCUUUGGUUGGGUUUGAUUCGAGGUCUGUCCGGAGUGGUACGAGUCAACCUGCCAGCAGAGACGAGCUUUCCAGGAUUGCUUGUUGGCUUGUAUUCUUCGGACAGUGGGAAAAGGCUGUCGAAAUGCUUAUCGGUAGUAGUGAUGAAACUCAUCAUAUGAUGUCGGCCACCAUUGCUGCUCUUGCACCUUCUGCUUUUCCUGCUCAAUCGACCAUCAAUACAGUCCAACCUUACCCGAGCCCGCUCAACGCCCACUACUCACGCCUAAGAGCCAGAGUGCAGGACCCGUACCUGUGGGCCAUCCUCACAUAUCUAACAACUCGAGAUGUUUCACCUAUUCUUGGUAUUGGAGAAGAUGGAGAGCCAAAACGGAAACUGAACAUCGCUUUCCGGGAGCGCCUUGCCCUCGCUUUCAUUUUUCUCGACGAUUGGAGUCUGUCCAGUUAUCUCCGCCGAUGCAACCAGAUGGCGAAGAACCCAGAACAGAUGGAUGAUGAUAUUGGUUUGGAUUUGAUAGCUGUUACAGGACUAGCUUCACCGGAAGGAAGAGAGGUUCUUGGUUGGUGGGUGGAUAGGACAGCUGAUGUGCAGAGCGCAGCGCUUUUGGGAUGGAUGGGCCUUACUUGUAAUAUCCACUUUUUCCAGCCAAACAAUGCGAAAACAGAGAAGGGGAAAGCUGCGCGAGCACGGAGGGAAGACAAGAAGAGAGUUGAAAGGUGGGUGGAGAUAUAUCGUGAUUUGUUGGACUCGUGGCAGAUGUUUCAUGAGCGGGUUGAGUUUGAUAUCAACAGAGGUGAGAUUGGGCGGCGCGUGAUGGCAAACAAAGGUUCGGUAGGGAAAGUGGAGUGGCCUACGAUACCGAGGCAGAUUGUUAUCCGAUGCAAUUAUUGCAAUAAGCCCGUUACACCUGUUCCCAAUAUGCAGGGAGAGAUUCCGCCUAGGAAGGGCAAGCCAACGGUAUGUCCUAAUUGUAGCAGAGGAUUACCAAGAUGUUCGGUUUGUUUGUUGGUACUGUCCAUCGUCCAGGAUCCUGUUCGCAAUGCCCAGCUCGUGGCGCGCGAUUCUGUGAAUCAGUCAGAUACCGUUGACGAAGCGAUAGUCAUUUGUCAGACAUGUAGGCAUGGUGGACAUGUUUCUCAUAUCUCAGGGUGGUUUUUUGGGAACGAUGGAGAAGGACCUGGUCAUCAUGUCUGCCCAGUGGCCGACUGCGAUUGUCGUUGUGCUGAUCAUUUUUAA